GUAAAUAAAUCGCUUCCUCCUGGCCCGGCGGGCAGGGCUGGGACGUGCCCGGCUCCUCCUGGCCCCGUUCCCGGGCUGGUGCCACCAGCACUGGGCAUCCACAGGACCCCGCUCGUGCUUCCCGAGGACCUGGGGACACGAUGGCGUUGUGUGGGUCAGGGCCACAUGGAUCGGGGGCCGGGGUGACGUGGGAAUGUCCCACGGCAGCGGGACACCCUCCGCCUGCUCCCUGACUCAGCGAGCGCGGCGCUGCCUCAGUUUUCCCAGCUGUGGCACGGGCCCACGGGGCCGUCACGCCUGGCAUGGUGGCUGGAAGGGCGCGGGACGGGGCACGUCAGCCCCACGCGCCCCAAACUGGGCUCACGGGAGGCAGCCACCCACACGGGGCUGCUGCUGGGGGCACCCCCUGCACCCACCCCGCACACCAGGGGGGCACGGAGCCGUGGUGGCCCCAGGCUGGGGCAUGAGGACUGUGGUGGCACCGAGCUGGGUGCCGGUGGCACCUGGGGUGGCGAUGCCAGGAGGGGUGGGGGCCUCUGCGGUGGGUGCAAGGCUGCACAGCCCCAAAUCUGCAGCACCCAGCGUGGCCGGAUCCACGGAAAGCUGUCCCCAUCCCCGUCCCCAUCCCCGGGUGCUUCUUGGCUGGGGGUCAGCACCCCCCAAACCCCCACCAGAUCUCCGAGCUGUGUUGCCUUCACCUUCCUGUUCCUCCUCCUCACCUGUGCCCCACCUGGGGGUGGUGGCAGUCAGCUGAGGCCACCAGGCCCCUCCCUGGGCCAGGCUCGGCUAUAAAAGCCCCGGGGCCGGGCACGGGGCAGUGCGCAGGAGCCGGAGCUGAUCGCAGGACACGGGCACAGCAGCAGCGAUGGCAACGCUCUACCCUUCGCUGGAGGACAUGAAAGGCCACCAGGUCUUGCAGGCUCAAGCAGCCGCCGGCGUCGGCACCCCCGCCACGACAGUGCUCACAGAGAAGCCGAAGCUCGCCUCCGCACCGCCCAUGCUGUACCCCAACCUGGCGGAGCUGGAGGAUUACAUGGGGCUCGCGCUCUCCAGCGAAGAGAUCCAGAAAAAACUCUUCCCGGACAGCAGCACCGCGCUGACCCCCGCCGGCCCCCUGCCGGGCCAGCUGGUCGCCCCCCUGAGCGGGAACAACGCGGGGCUGCGGCGGGCGGAGAUCAAACCGGGCGUGCGGGAGAUCCACCUCUGCAAGGACGAGCGGGGCAAGACGGGGCUGCAGCUGAGAAACAUCGACCAGGGCAUCUUCGUGCAGCUGGUGAAGGCCAACUCGCCGGCCUCGCUGGUGGGGCUGCGCUUUGGCGACCAGAUCCUGCAGAUCGACGGCAAGAACUGCACGGGCUGGAGCAGCGACAAGGCGCACCGGGCGCUGAAGAAGGCGUCCCCGGAGAAAAUCGUCAUGGUGGUGCGGGACAGGCCGUUCCAGCGCACCGUCACCGUGCACAAGGACAGCACCGGGCACGUGGGCGUCGUGGUCAAGAAGGGGAAGAUCGUGUCGCUGGCCAAGGACAGCUCUGCCGCCCGCAACGGCCUCCUGACCCACCACUACAUCUGCGAGGUCAACGGCCAGAACGUCAUCGGCAUGAAGGAUAAGCAGCUCACAGAGGUGCUGGCGGACGCGGGGAACGUCGUCACACUGACCAUCAUCCCCGCCGUGAUCUACGAGCACAUGGUCAAACGGCUGUCGGCGGGGCUGGUGAAGUCGUCCAUGGACCACUCCAUCCCCGACCUCUGAUGCGAUCGCCGCCGUCCCGCCACCGG